ACGAACGACGAGACGUUUGUUGUCGAUCCAAGGCCCGCAUAAACACAAAUUGCACUCACUGUAGCCCUCGAACGGGGUGCGGACAACAUUCGCUACAAUGACCACGGCCGCUUCGAUGCGUGCCAUCCGCCUCCGGCCCUCAAUUGCACGCCCCAGUUCCCUUCCCAACUCCAUCCGCAUCUCCUCACGACACGCCUCAACAGCUUCAGAGACAGCGACGAACGCACGCUCCACGGCGACCCGGACGAAGAACCUCAUAUACGGAACACUACUCACAUUUGGCCUGUCGUUCGGCUACCUCUACGUCACCGAUACCCGCGCCAGCGUCCACCAAUGGCUCGUCGUACCUGCGUUACGCCAGAUCUAUCCUGAUGGCGAGGAAGCCCACCACGCCGGCUCAGCAAUCCUUAAGGCACUGCACAGCUUCGGUUUGAACCCAAGAGAGCGAGGCAACCCAGACGCCCAAGGCGACCUCUCCGUGGAGAUUUUCGGCCACGUACUCAGCAACCCCAUUGGAACCUCCGCAGGCAUCGACAAGGGCGCCGAAGUGCCCACUCCAUUGCUCGACCUCGGUGCCGGCAUCGUCGAAGUCGGAGGCGUCACACCCUUACCCCAGCCGGGAAACCCCAAGCCGCGAGUCUUCCGACUCCCCUCGCAGAAUGCGCUCAUCAACCGGUACGGAUUCAACUCCGAGGGCGCGGAGACAGUAGCGAUGAGGCUACGACACCGGGUCCGCGAGUUCGCAUACCACAUGGGACUGGGCAUCGACGAGGAGGCAGAGCGGAAGAUCUUGAACGGAGACGCGGGCGUGCCUCCAGGAUCUCUGACGCCGGGCCGUUUGAUGGCCGUCCAGAUCACGAAGAACAAGGACACGCCUGAGGGCGACAUCGAGGCCGUGAAGCGGGACUACUCGUUCUGCGUCCAGCACCUCGGCAAGUACGCAGACAUCAUCGUGGUCAACGUCUCCAGCCCCAACACCCCCGGCCUCCGCUCCCUCCAGAACGUCGAGCCGUUGACCCACCUCCUCACCAGCGUCGUCAAGGCCGUCAAGCAGGUCGACCGCAAGGUCAAGCCCGCCAUCAUGGUCAAAGUCAGCCCGGACGAGGACUCCGAAGAGCAAAUCACCGGCAUCUGCGAGGCCGUCUGGGACUCCGGUGUCGACGGCGUCAUCGUCGGCAACACCACCAAGAAGCGACCGGACCCGCUGCCAAAGGGCUACGCUCUCCCAGCCAAGGAAGCCCAAAUCCUCCUCGAACAAGGCGGCUACUCCGGACCCCAGAUGUUCGAGCGCACCCUCGCGCUCGUCAAGAAGUACCGCAAGACCCUCGACGACGGCCCGCGACAAGCACCACCACCACCACCCUCUCCCCCUCAGACAGAAGAAACCCCCUCACCAGUCACCACCACCGUCGCAGAAACCCUCGACUCCGCCAAAUCCAACGCCAAAGACAUCACCUCCUCCCUCUCCACCACCACUCCCACCCCCUCCGAAUCAACCCCAUCCAACGUAGACGACCUCGCCCCCUCCGCACCCACCCUCUCCCUCCCCCCACCGACCUCCACAUCAUCACCAGCACCAGCGCCAAACAACCCCCGAAAAGUCCUCUUCGCCACCGGCGGCAUAACGAACGGCCGCCAGGCGCGCGAGAUACUGGAUUCGGGCGCCAGCGUCGCGAUGGUGUACACGGCGCUGAUCUACGGCGGCGUGGGCACGAUUAGCAGGAUUAAGCGGGAGAUGAGGGACGAUGCUGCUGCUGCGGCGGCGGCGGGGGAGAAGAAAUGAGGAAGGGUUUGUGCUUGUUUGGGAAUGGUAUUGUAGAAGUAUGUUAUAGAUAGGGGGAAAAUUCUAAGAUGUACUUUUUGUGAAAAAGUGUAUGGGUAUGUUUGUGUGAGUGCAGUAGACGUGUGAUGAUGGGAUUUCGAAGUCGUGAUGUCUUGUGAUGGCGAUGACGGUGAUGGUCUUGGUGGUGAUGUGGAAAGAUGGCUCUUGUCGUCGAUAUCUGUUACAAGUGCUCCGUUCUUUCAAAACUGACGAAAAUACGUAUGUGUAUAAAACGUCACGAUGCGUCUGCGCUUCCGUGAGAACACCUCCAGCACGAACGACCUACUCAACCCCUUGACGAAACGUAGUUACGACAAUUAGUAGGGAUGUAAGCACACAUCACACAUUCACGAUUUAGCCCAGUCCAGUUCAUUCCGGUUCUGCAGUUAAAGAGGUGUGCGAGAGCGUGAGAGAUGUUCAAAAACAAUGCUUUACU